AUGGAGUCGACACUGUACCAAGUCCAAUCGCUCUUCUACCAAGGCGCUUAUCAAGGCUGCAUCGACCUCGCGCUCUCGUCCACCUCCAACGCCCGUUCCUCCGACCCCGCAUCCGUCUCCACCCUCCUGUACGCAGCACGAUCCCACCUCGCACGUUCGCCCUCCGAUCCAUCCUCCGCGCUAUCCCUCCUCUCCUCCCUCACACCCGAACCUCAGAUUCAGGCCAUCCAAUCGCUCGCGCGCUUCAUCCAAGCCACCUCCCAGAACAACACCGACGUCGCCUCCCGCGAAAUCGUCAACCUCACCGAGCUUCUCGACCACGCCGUCGUCGGAGAGGACAAGGGUCAGACCAUCCGGUGCGCUGCUGCCACCGCCCUCUUCCUGGACGGAGAUGCCGAAGAAGCGCUGAACACCCUCGGAGUAUCCGGGUCCGGUGGUAGCAAGGAGAUCGAGUGCGUAGCGUUGGGCGUGCACAUCUUGCUCUCCAUCCAUCGACUCGAUCUGGCGGAAAAGGAAUACCUCGCCGCACGAACCUGGGCAGACGACUCGCUGCUCAUCCAACUCAUCGAAGCCUGGAUCGGUCUCGCCAAAGGCGGUCGUUCCACCCAACAGGCCUUCUACGUAUACGACGAGUUGGCUCAGAACCCGUCCGCAGCUGGAACCAUCAACGCCGUCCCCGCGCUCAUCGGUAAGGCAACCGCGCUGGCUGCAAACGGCGACUGGACAGGUGCAAAGAAGCAGCUCGAAGACGCCGCGAAAUUGGAUCCCAACAAUGUAGAGGUGCUGGCCAACAGAGCAGUGGUGGAAACACAUUCAGGAGCAACAGCCGCGGCAGACUACUUGCAAGAACUGAAACAGUCAAAUCCAACUCACCCGCUCAUCGUCGAAUACGAAGCACUCCAGAAUUCGUUCGAUCAGCAUGCACAGAACUUCUCCCUCGGUGCAUCUGUCGAGGCAUAG